AUGACUACGACUAUUACUAAUUGCGAUAAUGAUAAUAAAGAAGAACAAGCACCUAAUGCCAUACCCUUUACUCAUCAUAUCUUUGACUUUGAUCUUCACCCUUCUCAGCCUAUUCUUGCUGCAGGCUUAAUUAACGGACAAGUGCAUUGUUAUCGUUAUGGACUUGUAUCCAAUACUUUACAAUGGUCAACUCAAAUAUCCAAAAAGUCAUGUCGAGGCGUUCAGUUUACAAAAGAAGGCAAUCGCAACAUUUCUAGAGAUAAAUCCAUACAGGCGCUUGAUGUGUCCACUGGAAGAAUACUUUAUAAAUUAGCCAAAGCGCAUAGGUACCCUAUUAAUAAGCUCUGUCAAUUAGAUAAUCAACUUACAGCAACGGGAGACGAUGAAGGCAUUAUUAAAAUUUGGGAUAUGCGAACAUGUAAAGCAGUGCAGGAAUAUAAAAGACAUCAAGACUAUAUAUCAGAUAUGUCGUUUUGUGAUGCCAAGGCGCUUGGUAAGCUGAUGAGUGUAAUAUGUAGAGGGGACGGCAUCUUGUCUAUAUAUGAUAUUCGACAACCCCUGACCAAGAUCAAGGUAUCUCAAGAGAUAGACGACGAACUUUUAUCGCUUACGACCGUCAAGGAUGGACAAGCGGUGAUUGCAGGAUCUCAAAGUGGAGCACUAUACAUCUGGAACAACGCAGAGUGGUCAUCACCACCGAUCAAAUGGAUCGGUCAUCCAAACUCGGUGGAUGCCCUAUGCGCACUCGAUCAGGACACGAUCUGCAGUGGCAGCAGUGACGGCCUCUUACGGCUUAUCACCGUGUCACCUAACUAUAAAUUUGAAGGUAUCCUAGGUGAUCACGAAGACGAGUUUCCGAUCGAGCGUAUCGUCCUGACCCAUGACCGAGCCUACAUGGCCAGUUGCGGACACGACCUCUCUCUCCGUUUUUGGAAUGUUGAGUUCUUGUUUGAAUCGCAAAAGAAACGCAAAUGUACAGAGGAGCCAGAGUCAGUGAAACGUGCCAGGUUCUUUCAAGAUCUAUAG